AGUAAGAACUGAGAAGUUCGAAGCAGAAAUGAGAGACUGAAUAUUUUAUGAAGAGAGCAAUUUGGACAUUUCCCACCGACAAUACCCGAGGAAUCAACACACGUGAAAAUGUUAUUAACAAAAUUUGUCUUCUCAUUUACAGGCCAUUUGGGUCAUCAGCCGAUGGUGGUUGCGCCGAUUUGUUUGUUUGGGCCACUCACCCUUUGAGUGAAGGCCAAGUCUCCACCGCCUGAAACCUCACUUAUUCUUCAAUUUUCUCUCUCUCUCGGUACGGGAGCUGCAAUGGCGACCAAGAUUCUGUGGUUUCUCUUGUUUUUCGCCCUCUUCGUCUCUGUGUUUUCUGCCACAGACUUUGCAGCAAAUGUGACUGAUAAUCCUGCUGAUAAACUAGUUGUUGUGCUUAACAAGAACAGAACUGCACACAAAUUGGCUGCUCUUAAAGACAAUCCUGGCCUGGCCUGCCUUGCUCUUCAGUAUAUCAAGGCGUACCAAGGCAAAUGCGGAGAGGUCGGAGGCCCCGAUGGAAUGAAGCCUCCGAAUUCUGCGUUUGCUGAAACAUUUGCUCCCAACUGCGGAGUUGUUGUCUCAUCUCUUUCGCCGAUCACGGGGCGGCUGCUUGGUUGCCAGUCCAAAUAUGUCCAUGCUCCCGAAGCGUUCUCGGAUGUUUUGAUGCUGAAUGACAAGAGCUUGGAGAUUCUAUACCACAAGAAUCACACGGAAGUUGGAGCUGCUGUGACUGGCACUGAUGGAGGUUCUCCUUACUUUUGGUGUGUGUUGUUCAGCAAUGGCAGCAUCUCUAACAGCUUUGCUUUCGAGGGAGGAGUUGCGAAGCUGACACGCCCUGGAUGCUACAGUGGAGCUAACGACCAAUGCAGCGGAGCCGAUAGCCAGUUCUCGACCACCAACCAUAUCUUGCUAUUAGCCUUGACAUCUUUGGUUGCCAUGGCAUAUGCGUUGGGUGUAUGAUCAUCAGCCAUCAGGUCUCAUCCAAACUCGUAAAAGUAUCAUUUUACACGAUUGGCGACCACCUGUUUUCUUUAUCGAUAGUUGGUGGUGCAUUCAUUGUUUUUGUUUUGUGGUUCCCGAUUCGUUUUCAAAGUGCCAAUUCAUGCUAUUCUGUCAUCAUCCUAGAUUGUAGAGUCUUGUGCAUUAUUGGAUCUCAUAGGAGCCAUUUUUCUCAGUGAGAGUUGUUAAGAGAAGUUCCACUAUCUUAGUCAGUGUCAUGUUUGAAUCAGAUUUUUGAGCUGAUCUAAUGAAAUAUUUGAUAUAUGAUGAUGAAUUGAAAUUCUA